AUGUCGUUUGUGUCAAGAGGGGCGAGAGUCGCAGCUCGUCCCUUGAGGCGGUCUAUCCGACACCAACCACGCAGAUACGCCGGACACGAAGCUGGCCACGACCACGGUCACGGUCACGACGCCCAUCCCGGAGAGAGUGCUCUUCAUGUCGAUGCAGGACCAAGCACUGAAUCGUUUGGCAAAGGAUUUUACAUCACCAUAGCGGCCGUGCCUCUAGUGAUUCUGUGGUCUUAUGUAGCAAGCUCUCCCGGGGACAAUGCCUUGAUUCGAAUCGUCAAAAAAUGGGAAGCUCGCAGAGAGGAGGAUCAAAGAGCAAACAUCCUACACACGACGAUCAUGGAACAGGCUGCAGCAGAUCGGCAGCUCUUUUCCUCCAGCCCGCGAGACGAGAGCGGUUCGCCAUUGAGGAUGCCAGAGACAAUGAACUUCGGGUCGCCUUUCAAUGUGUCCGCCGGUAAUGGUACCGCCGACAUGUCCGAACUAGUCAAGUUCUAUCAAGAGAGGGAUAGAAAGGCGGAAGUGGAAAGAUUGCAACGGCUAAAGAAGAACAAUGGCGUUUCGAUAUACGACUAA